UUCCAAGGAACUUGCCCCAAGCGCCCACGCUGACCACGCCUCUAUAGACUACAAUUCGCCGCGCAAAACUUGCACGGAGAUUUUAAGCUUGAGCUCUUCCCGCUUCACUCGCCGUUACUAGGGGAAUCCUUGUUAGUUUCUUUUCCUCCGCUUAUUGAUAUGCUUAAGUUCAGCGGGUAAUCUUGCCUGAUAUCAGGUCCAAUUGAGAUGCCACCUCCGCAGCAAGCCGCAGAGACAACACAGAGUUCCCAAAUGGAUCGACCCUCGACAGCCGAAGCCGCCACCCUACUUCGCAACAACACCGCCGGUUCAAAAGCCAAGCCUCACACAGCUACGGUUCACCAGCCCAUACCGCCACAGCAGGAAAAGCAUCCAAUAAGCGCAUUGUUCAGCCGAAGCCAACCAUACCGCGAAUCGAACACUCCUCCAUUAAACGCCGCAGCAGACAAACCGGUCGCCGACUGGCCAUACAGGCAGCCUCCACAACCAACAACGUCACGCUUUUCGAGCAAAGAGAAGUACAGUUCAGUACAUUUCAAGGGACUCGCAGGCAGCCCGAAGGCCACGCCGCAAGACACCUCACGUCUGGCGUCUCCAUCCACCGACUACACGGAAGGAAGAGAGCCAAGUUUGAUGUACGGACACUGAUACAGGCAUACUCCCAGGACUAACCCGGAAGUGCAAUAUGCGUUCAAAAUUUCGAUGACUCACUGAAUCCUGCAAUUCGCAUUACGUAUCGCAGUUCGCAGCGUUCUUCAUCGAUGUGCGAGCCUAGACAUCCACUGCUGAAAGUUGCUAUCUAGUUAAAAGCAGAGACUUUCGUCCCCACAGUAUAUUCAGUAUUUAAGAAUGGGUUUAAAAAGUGGGCUCAUGAUCCAGUUCCCCACGAGGAGGACCCAAACCAAUCGCCAUGAUAGAGCCCGCCACACAGCAGCCAGCCGCCGACUUUGACAUCGACAGACAGCCACACAGAGCAGGCCCCCAACUACUUGUUGAUACGGUUCACGUGGAAAGUUUUUUAGGUGUGGUAAUUCCUCUAAAUGGCGAGGUUUAAAAAAGUUCU